AUGCCGGCGUCGCUAUCACCCCCACCACCGAAGGGCUUACGGGACGGUGGCACCGCGGAGGAGGUGUUCAUCCACCCCUCCGUAGCGCUCACGGUGGUGAGCAGCAGCAAGCUGGAGGUGGGGGCGGAUGGGCCGCCGCCGCCGUUUGGUUUCGUGCACGCCACCGCCGUGCAUCCGUAUGUCAUUCGCCUCCGUAGCACAAGCACUUCGACAUGCGUCGUGUAUCGCGUGAUGACAAAGCAUUCGGCGUGGUGGGAGGCGGAAGGAACGCAUGGGGUUUUGCACCCACCAAAAGAAUUCUGCGGUGACUAUGACGAAGGCGGCAAAGACAGCGCCUUUAACGAUGGCGAUUUCUGCGGCACUAAGGAAGAGACUGGUGUCACUGUAGCUGACAAAGACACCUCCGUUGCGUACGUCUCGUUGCGCGUGCAGGCGCCGCUGCUCCUGGACAAGCUCUACGACAACUGGAGGGAGGCGUGCGCCACCGCCCCACACCUAAACCCGGCGCUAAAUAAAUACACAGCAGCAGGGCCGGGCGAGGUGGUGGCUGCUGUGGUGCAGGGAAGGAAAGGGGAGGGCGAGGGACCUCCAAAGGAGGGAAAUGUUAUUUUGCCGCCGUCACCGCUCCCUGACUCCUACAAGCGCGGCAGUACCACCACAUCGGUGGAUGUUCUGAGCGUUCUUCUUGCGGAGCUGCCUGCGUCGCACGCGUUGCUGCGUAGCCCACACGCAGCGGCGCCCAGCCCAGCGGACGCCGAGUUCAACAUGUGGUGGAAGCAGGUUGUUGCCGCUGCUGAUGUGUAUCUGGGCGUUAAGUUAGGCACUGAGAGUCAGGCGGGGCACCAGACGCGAUGGAAACGGAAGAAGCACGCGCGUCGGCUGCACACGGUGGUGACGGUGUUCCCGCUCCCUGUGAAGUUGGCGUUUCUGUCGCAGUGGGACUACAUCAUGGCGCAGACUGUGGUGCUUGAGCGGCGGCUGUCCACGCUGAUGAAGACGAAGGCGUCCCUGCAGGAGUUACUGCAGCAGCGGGAAACGGCGUUGCAGAUGGCAUUGCAGGAGUGGCGGGCGGCGCAGGAUGCCCAAACCCGCGCCGUGCGGGAGGCGGUGCGGAAUUGGCGUUGGGUGCGUGCGCACGGCUACAGCAACAAGAGUCUGUCACCUGCUGCAGUAAGAGAGGCGGCUGGAAUACUCGACGCAGUGGAGCUGGGAGACUCUGAGGAUGAUGCUGAUGAUGGCAAUAAUGAGGGGGUGGUGAUUCAUUCGGUGGGGCUGGUCACGGCGGCCAUUAUCUGCAGUUUUCUUGGUGGCAUCGGGCUGAUAUGA